AUGGCAAGGCUCAGAAGUCCAAGGCGCAUGAUUGUCGAGCGCGCGCCCAGUCAUGACGGUCUCAUGGCGGUGACAGCGUACCUUUCGCUGGACAAUGACGAGCGUACCGCAGCGUGCAAGAUGACGAAACGCCCGCUGUUUGCCUUUCGCAUCUACGACACGAGACCGGAAGCUGCCAACGUAGACAGUCUCUGUCACGUGGCCACGGCGAUUUACGAAAAUACGUUGGAAGGGCGUAGCGGUUCCCGCACUACCGCAACCGACCGCAUCGAAGUGAUCGCCCUCCCCAUGUCUGCAGACGCCACCGACCAUGAGCGUGCGGUCAAGUGCAGAGAGCACGAGGAGGCAGAAAUGGUAUCCAGAAAGAACCCUGGCAUGAGAGAUUGGUAUCUUCACAGACAUCAUGAGUUUGGCGAUUACCUGUCUGAGGUUCACGUAAUCAGCCGGUUGUGUCAAGAUUGGGAGCAAGCCAUUCAACAUGUCAAAGAUAGGAUGUUACGGCCAGAGGACCCUGCAGAAGCUCGAGCAGACCCAUUCGGCACAUUUAUCACCGUAGCUUGGGAUUUCAAAGAGGACCCUUGGGCUCAGCUUGAGGAGGAUGAAGACGUGCCACCUCCGGAAAUGUCAGUUACUCCGCAUAAGAUCUCUUAUCUGGAUCGUUGUUUAGCACAGGGGCGAGAACGUAUUGAUUGGUUUUAUAAUGUCUAUGUUCCCGACGGCGGCCUCGAUAUAGAAUUAGAGCAGGGCCAAGUGCCACCAGAUGUACUGGGUCGCCUCCUAGGUUUAGGUUUCUACCUAGACUCUUAG